UCUUUAGGCCGGUUGUCAUGUUGUUCGUCAGGUAAAAAAGCCUGUCCGAAGACACCGGAGACACAUCGCGCCGCUGAGUCACCGGCGGCACCGCGUCAGACUCGACGAGACGUUGUUGUCUUAAUUUGGAAGAUCCGGAAGAGUCGCGCGGCUCCGGACAGACGGACCGAGCGGACAGGCUGCAUGGUGGGACGGCAGGCGCAACCGGAGACGAACAUAUAUCUUCACUGAUCGGAGGCCUCAAUAAUCACAACCAACCAGCCUACAGUCGAAGCAGUCGGCCAAUAUAGGCUACACAGCGGACCUGCAGCGAUAAGAAGAAGAAGAAGAAGAAGAAGAAGAGAAGAAGAAGAAAGGUUUGUUGCCAUGGAAGCGCUUAUGGAGCGGCUGGAACGGGCCGUGAUUCGUCUGGAGCACGUGUCUGUCAAGAUGCAGGUCACCAGUGGCAUGGCUAACGGGGACUGUGCCAAUGGCAUUGACGGAGGUUUGUUACAGAGUGUGGAGGCCUUUGACCAGCUUCUGAGGGGACCAGUAUCAGACUACCUGAAGAACAGCCGGGCCAUAGGCGGGGAUGUGGAGAAACAUGCGGAAAUGGUGAACAACGGCCUACAGACCCAGAGAUUCUUCCUCAAAAUGGCCGCCACACACCAGGAACCUGCAAAGAUGGAGUUGUGUGACCUGCUGAAGCCCAUCUCCCAACACAUCGAGGAGAUCCAGGGUUUCCGCGAGCGAAAUCGUGGCAGCAGCCUCUUCAACCACCUGUCCGCCGUCAGCGAGAGCAUCCCCGCGCUGGGCUGGGUCGCUGUGACUCAGAAGCCAGGCCCUUAUGUGAAGGAGAUGAACGACUCAGCCACGUUUUACACCAACAGGGUGCUGAAGGACUACAAGGAAAGUGACAGACGCCAUGUUGAUUGGGUUCGUUCCUAUCUGUCAAUCUGGACCGAAGUGCAGACAUUCAUCAAGCAGCACCACGCCAGCGGACUGGUGUGGAGCAAGAGAGGUCCUAUUGCUCCUCCGGCCCUCUUUGAGCCUGCUGCAAGUGCUCCCUGCCCUCCUCCCCCGCCACCCCCUCCUCCACCCGGCCCUCCCCCGGUCUUCACAGACGAUGAGCCACAGGCUGGGGCGGGCGGCUCGGCGAAUCAGCAUGCAGCUCUCUUCACCCAGCUCAACCAGGGCAUGGACAUCACUAAAGGUCUGAAGCACAUACCAGACAACCAGAUGACCCACAAAAACCCAAACCUCCGCUUACCAGGAGGCCCCGUGCACUCGUCCCCGGCCAAAAGCAAAAAACCCGGGGCCGGGGGCUCACCACGAGCCGCCCCCCAGAAAAGACCCCCUGUGCUGGAACUGGAGGGAAAGAAAUGGAGGGUGGAGAACUUUGAGCAGAAACAUGACCUGGUGAUUGAGGAGACGGAGCUAAAACAAGUCGUGUACAUCUAUGACUGUAACAACUCUACCCUGCAGGUCAAGGGCAAGAUCAACUCCAUCAUUGUAGACAACUGUAAGAAACUGGGUCUGGUGUUCGAGAAUGUGGUCGGUAUUGUGGAGAUCAUCAACUCCAAAGCCAUUCAGCUGCAGGCGUUGGGGAAAGUUCCCACCAUCUCCAUCAACAAGACGGAGGGCUGUCAGGUCUACCUGAGUAAAACCUCUCUGGACUGUGGCAUUGUCAGUGCCAAGAGCUCUGAGAUGAACAUCCUGGUACCAGAAGGAGACGACGACUAUAGGGAGUUUCCGGUGCCGGAGCAGUUCAAGACAGUUUGGGAUGGAACGAAGCUGGUGACAGAUCCCACAGAGCUCGCUGGCUGACCGCUGACACGCCAUGAUCACCAUCAUCACUCUUCCUCUUUGGUUCAAAUAUGUCGCUGUGUCUCCAGUCCCAGUGUAUUCCUUCAAGUUGUUUUUUUUUCGGUCACGUAUUGUUUGUCCAGUCAAAUAAGUGUAUUGUUUUUUGUUUUUUGUACCCAGACGCUGUAACGGAUAAUUACUGGUCAGUUUACUGUAGGCCAUAUGGUAGCUUGUGAUGAGAUGUUUCUCCAUGGCACUUUGAAACGUGAUUUUGAAAAACCUGACGAUUGUUUGAAGUUUGUUUCCCUACCUCUGAAGUCCAGUAACCCAACUGCAAGGCCGCGGUACCAACUACAUAGUGUACGAGGUCUUCCCUGCAUGGUGUUUGGGUUAGUUUUCAUUGGGAAUAAAAGGGACCUCCUGGGUUUGGAAACCCCACACUAAAGAAACUGUAUGCUGUAAUAAAAUUGCGUUCCGUUGCGAUAGAAAAUCAACUUUCUCAAUUUCUCCAAUGAACUGUCAGAAUUUUGAUUGAUUACUUAAAAGGGACUCGUAUUUUUAAUGUUUGAGGUGAAUGUUAAUGUUUAGGUACUUCAUCGUUGCAAAAUAUGCAACCGAUCACAGCCACACAGAGUAAACUAUAGAGGUCUUUUAUGUGCACACACAAUCAUUGGUGGCCAAUUACAAAAGCCUUAAUUUGAAGUGUGUGACACGCUGUAUUUGGUUUUACAAUAUCCUAGAUGAGAACCCCCCCCCCCCCGUCUGUUCUAUUGUCUUCAUCACUUUCUCCAUUUGUUGAGCACAUGGUAAUGUCCAAAUACUAUUCCACUAAUGAAGUGGUUUAUGCUAAAUUGUUUUUAUACUUUCUAUUGCGUUGACUGCAGACAAGAGGUCACGGUUUCACCAGUGGGUGAGAUGUUUCAGGAAGUGGGUUAGAUGGUGAGAAGAAUGUAGCAUGUGAUGCAAGAGGUAUGUAACAAACCUGCAUAGUUCAGCUAAAUACAUGGCUGCUACUGUGUCCAAGUAAUCAAUUUCCCAGCACUAUGUCUGUAUGCCUUAAUAUGCUGAAAUGCAAAUAGUUGUUGAAUGCAAAUUCUAUCUACUUGUAUGCUCAAUUCAUGCCUACAAACAUUUUACUGUCUGAAGUCCUAAGUGUAUGUCACCACAUUUUGUAUUAUAACGCUCAAGGACAGCGGCAUAAAAGGGGGUGUUGGAAUACACUGCUUGUUGAUUUAUUCAGCUAAAAUGUAAUGAAAUUAUCAUUUUUCAGAUAAAUUUAUCCCUGUGUUUCUUCUAGUGUUACAGGGUAUCAUUACAAAAGAUAUUGUGAUGGUCAUUUUUGUAUCAGAAUAUCAGGAAGAAAUGGUGUUCUACACAAAGCUCACACUUAGUACAACAAAGAAAGUGUAAAACCAGAGAUAGAAAGGAGAUGGAAAACACUGAGCAAAAGAUGAGGUAAAGGUAACUUACAAGAGUGUAUCCAGUAUAAAGCAAGGCUCAGUCAUUCAGUUGGACUGUUUUUUUGCAAAUUAAAAACAAAAUUACAAGGGUUAUCAAUAAAGCACGUGUGAUUUCAAGUGCUGAUGUAGUGGGGAAAGUAUCACUUUUAAGACCUCUACUUUAAAUAAUAAUGUAAAAAAAAGUUUUAUUUGGAUAUCAAGUGGACAGUGGACAUUUAGACAUCACCAAGACAACUUCCAAAACAACACAAGUAAGCCCUGAGCAAAGAUGUACUUCAAGUAGGCAACUUUGAUAAACGAUCAUGUUUAAGAAAAAAAUCU